AUGGGGUCCCUGCCUGCCGAGUCUCGACCCUUGUCGUUCGCUGCUCUGAAGGCCAGAAAAGCCCCUCUCAAGAUUGCCACCAAAGUCGUCACUGUAAAUUCAAGUGCGAAGCCGACCGCAAAACCUCCACCUCCACCAUCUGUCUCUUCCUCCAAGCCUGCGGCCUCCCAGAAACCGCUCAACAACGGACAUUCCCGUACCACGCGUACGCCUCGGAAGUCGAGCACUCCAGUUUCGGUCCAUUCAAGGCAAGGCAGUGGAGAGCCGAUAGAGCGGAUAAAAAAGGAGAGACAAAGUAGGACAAAGCGAGCAUCUCCUGCUGUGUCAACGCCAAGAUUGACCAGCUCUGAUGAAGAGAGCGAAGAGGACGACCACAAGCCUAGAAAGCGAAUCCGCCUCGAUCGCAAAGAGAGUAUAGACGAGAAGCGCAAAGUUAGGGAUCACAAAGCAUUCUCUCAAGAAGAUGGCAAUGGCUUUCACAUGGUGCACGCAUUCGACAUCGCGAAUACCACCCUUGUGGAACAUGGUCGAGACAAGUACGAAGCAUUCUUCACAGCCCUAGAGGGGGACGAAGAUGAAUGCCCCAUGAUUGAACUGCAGUAUCCGACUUCUCUGCAGAGCGAGAAAUACCAGUUGGUCAAGCCUGCAGACUCUUCCGAUUUUAAACCUCUUGAUGAAAUCGAGGCAACCAUGAAGAUCGUGGCGGAAUACUAUCUCGAUGGCGAAUCCGCAGAGAAAGUCACCAGUGACGACGGCUCGGGCCUGGUACAACAAUUGCACCGGCAAGCCUUGCUUGGGAUGAGAGGACGUGUUGGAGCCCAGUCAAAAUACGUCCACGUGGUGGAGAAAUUCAAUACGUUGGUGGCCGACAAGCGCAGGGACGGAACAAUCGCAAAGAAACUGGAUCAGAUGCGCCGUGUCGAUCUCAGGCUAGUGGAGCACAUCAUCAAAAAUCAAAUCUACGCUCGGACAGUGUCGCCUCAAGUCAACCUGGUGAGACAUUACGAAAGCUUCUCUGACAAUGUCUAUGGUGAACUAUUACCUAAGUUUCUCAGCCGCAUAUUCAAGGAGACAAAUCUCAAGUCCGAUCAGGUAUUUAUAGAUCUCGGAUCGGGCGUUGGUAAUUGUGUGCUUCAAGCCGCCUUGGAAACCGGAGCCGAAUCAUGGGGCUGUGAAGUCAUGGACAAUCCCAACACAUUGGCCCAGCUCCAGGCUGACGAGUUCCCAGCUCGAUGCCGCCUCUGGGGAAUCAAACCUGGUGAAGUCCACCUCAUUCACGGCAAUUUCUUGACCAACGAACAAGUCCGGCAAGUCCUCAAACGAGCGGACGUCAUUCUGGUCAACAACCAAGCCUUCACGGCCGAGUUGAAUGACAAGCUCAAGUACGUUUUCCUCGAUUUAAAGGAAGGAUGCCACAUCGUCAGCCUGAAACCCUUCCGGUCUCCAGCGCACAAGAUCAAAGAUUCAAACGUGAAUGAUCCUGUCAAUGUGUUGACAGUCGUGGAGAAGGAGAGGUGGAGCUCUAUGGUCAGCUGGACCGAUGAUCCGGGGAAUUGGUACCAUCAUCGCAAAGAUUCCAGGGAGUUGAACGCCUUUGUGGAGAGUAUGGGAGGGUUUGAAAACUGCUAG